AUCAGAGGUCCAAUUUGCACCAGGUCCCGACGUAUCUUCAAGUUUUUGGGCCAACAACAUAGCCACAGAAAUGAGGGGCGGAGACUAACUGGAGCUAGACCGGAAGUGUGCUAGCCUGUUUUGAGCAGCCAGGCGAGCGAGGAUGGCAGAGUACUUGGCCUCCAUUUUUGGGACAGAGAAAGACAAAGUCAAUUGCUCUUUUUACUUUAAAAUCGGUGCCUGUCGACAUGGCGACCGUUGCUCCAGAUUACACAACAAGCCAACAUUUAGCCAGACAAUUGCCCUGCUCAAUAUUUACCGGAACCCUCAGAACAGCGCUCAGUCUCUGGAUGGGCUGACCUGUACUGUCAGCGACAUGGAGAUGCAGGAGCACUACGAUGAAUUCUUUGAGGAAGUCUUUACAGAGAUGGAAGAAAAGUACGGAGAAGUGGAGGAAAUGAACGUCUGUGACAACCUUGGGGACCACCUUGUAGGAAAUGUUUAUGUAAAGUUCCGCAAUGAGGAGGAUGCUGAGAAGGCCGUGAUAGACUUGAACAACCGAUGGUUCAACGGGCAGCCCAUCCACGCAGAGCUCUCUCCAGUCACAGACUUCAGAGAGGCCUGCUGUCGCCAGUAUGAGAUGGGAGAAUGCACUCGUGGAGGCUUCUGUAACUUCAUGCAUCUGAAACCCAUCUCACGUGAACUCAGAAGAGAGCUCUAUGGACGCCGCAGGAAGGGCCGCCACCGGUCUCGGUCCCGAUCCAGAGACCGGGAUAGAGGUCGAGGAGGAGGCCGCAAUCACGAGAGGCGUCGGUCCAGAGACAGAGAGCGUUCAGGAAGAUUCUGAAUUACGAGUAUUGAUCAUUUACUUCUCCAUCCCUGAAUCCAUCACUGUGUUAUUUUUUUGUUUUUUUUUUAGUUUGUGUCCUGCCUCAUUUGAUUUUAAUACAAGGCAGGUUUUUGAAAAUUUGUGAAAAUAACUUUCACCUCAUUAAAUCUAAGGUUUCUACUCAAA